UUGUUAAGAAAUUCUCCUUAAGCUCUCUCCCUUUAAGCGGCCCUGCCUGACGUAGCUGAGUGCGCAACUGUAGAAACUGGCUCCAAACUUGCACACAAAAGCAGGCGGCGUGGAAGUUCGAAAACAGCUACAGUAGUAAUGCUCCGCCGCAUAAAACACAUAGUGCGCCUGAAUAAGUGCGCUCCUGUCCUGUGCAAGAGGAUACUCGGGAGGGAACUGCGGACUCUCGGUGCAGCAGCAAAGCAAAACGCAGGAGAAACAGGACCGCAUGCAUCUGGAAGUUUUAAGUCGUACUUGUCCACGCCGCGCUGCAGGAAGUAUGCGUCCGACGCUGCGUACAGUCGAGCCUUCGCGUCAGCGAGGGACGACCCCGAGAAGUUUUGGGGUGAGGUGGGACGCGAAUUAGACUGGUUUGAGCCGUGGAGUAAAACUCUGCACAUUGAGGAUCCAGUGUUCCCAAACUGGUUUGUCGAGGGAAAGCUAAACAUGUGCUAUAACGCUGUGGAUCGACAUGUAGAAAGAGGCCGUGGAGAGCAGCCUGCUAUCAUUUAUGACAGCCCAGUGACUGGCACUAAACAGAUCAUCACUUUCAGGGAACUUCAAGACCAGGUGUCCAGGUUAGCAGGAGUCUUGGUGAAGCAUGGGGUACGGAAAGGAGACCUCGUUGUCAUCUACAUGCCCAUGGUGCCACAGGCCAUGUUCACCAUGUUGGCCUGUGCACGGAUCGGUGCCCCGCACAGCCUCAUUUUUGGCGGCUUCGCCUCUAAGGAGCUGUCUGUCCGCAUCAAUCACGCCAAGCCCAGGCUGUUGGUUACAGCCUCGUUUGGCAUUGAGCCAGGCAGAAGAGUUGAGUACAUCCCUCUGGUGAAGAAGGCCUUGGAGAUGAGCUCUCACAGCCCCUCUAAAGUCCUCAUCUACAACAGGCCGAACAUGGAAAGGGUAUCAAUGGAUCCCGAGUUGAGUCUGGACUGGGAUGAAGAGAUGGCUGCUGCUCGGCCACAUGACUGUGCUUCUUUGCCCUCCAGCCAUCCAUUGUAUGUACUUUAUACAUCUGGGACCACUGGAACACCAAAGGGUGUUGUGCGAGACACCGCAGGCUAUGCUGUGAUGCUGAAAUGGACCAUGUCAAAUAUUUAUGGACUCAAUCCUGGAGAAGUUUGGUGGGCAGCCUCAGACCUAGGCUGGGUGGUUGGCCAUUCUUAUAUCUGCUACGGUCCUUUGCUUCAUGGUAACAGCACCGUCCUCUAUGAGGGAAAGCCUGUAGGGACUCCAGACUCUGGCGCCUUCUUCCGUGUCUUGUCUGAACACGGAGUCUCCUCCAUGUUCACAGCGCCCACUGCUAUCCGUGCUAUCCGCCAGCAGGACCCCCAAGCCGCAGUUGGAAAAAGAUAUCCUCUGACCAGGUUGCGCACGCUAUUCGUGGCAGGAGAGCGAUGUGAUGUGGAAACCCUGGAAUGGGCAAAAAGGAAUUUUAAGGUUCCUGUUCUGGAUCACUGGUGGCAGACCGAAACUGGCUCAGCUAUUACUUCCAGCUGUAUUGGGUUGGGAAACUCACUCACGCCACCUGCAGGCCAAGCUGGCAAACCAGUUCCAGGUUACAAUGUCACCGUGAUCGAUGAUAACAUGCAGGAGGUGAAGCCAAGAAGCCUGGGAAAUAUUGUGGUGAGAUUACCUUUACCACCUGGAGCAGCAUUAUCUUUAUGGCAGAACCAAGAUUUGUUCAAGAAGCUCUACUUCACAAAGUUUCCAGGAUACUAUGACACCAUGGAUGCAGGUUUUAUGGAUGAAGAGGGCUUCCUUUAUGUCAUGUCCCGGUCUGAUGAUGUCAUCAAUGUGGCAGGUCACAGGCUGUCCACUGGAGCACUGGAGGAGUCGGUGCUGCAGCACUCUGCAGUGGGAGACUGUGCUGUGGUAGGGCUGGAAGACACUCUGAAGGGCCAUGUUCCUUUGGCCCUGUGUGUACUCAAGAAAGGUGUGCAGAAAACUGAAGAGGAAAUCAUAAAUGAGAUGGUGAAACUUGUAAGAGACACCGUCGGUCCUGUGGCUGCGUUUAAGAAGGUGCUUUUUGUCCGCGGGUUGCCGAAGACGCGUUCUGGCAAGAUUCCUCGCUCCUCUUUAGCCAACCUGGUCAAUGGGAAGCCCUACAAGAUCAGUCCAACCAUUGAAGACCCAGAGGUGUUCAAAGACAUCGAGAGGCAAAUAGAGAGAGAGCUCAGACAUAAUGCAGCCUGAACUCAUCAGUGGGAUGACAGGUGGACAGACUGAACAGUUUUUGGCAACACAAAGUCACUUCAUUGAUAAUAAGUGUGCAAAAAUGUUCACGCCAUGCACAAAGUGCUGCAAAUGUGAACUAUUAUCAGUAAAAAAAGCAUUUUUUUCUUGUUUCCUAAAUUAAGCUAAAUAUAGACGCUGGUGUUUAACCCUUAGAAACCCUUCCAGAUCCAUGCAGUUGAAUUAAUAUUUCCAUUUGGAAUUGAUGAAAUGAAUCAUACAGCUAGGUCUGGAAAUGUCUGGAUAAUCAUUUUCAUAAUGUCUCUGUAGGCCACCAGAAAAGGAUUGACAUGAAACAACAGUAAUACAGCUGAAGUGCAGACUUGUGGCUUUAAGGGGUUGAACAAAAAUAUCAUAUGAAACAUUUAGCAUCUGCUAGGAUAAUAGAGUUAGUUUAGUCAUAGAAUAAAGUUAUUAUUCAUGGUACUAGUGGGGAAGAUAAAUUGAGCAGUCUCACAGCCUGAGGAAAGAAACUGGGCUCUGUCAAGACACCUUCCUUUACUAAUUUCACUAAUGCUUGGUAGGUGGGUGCCAGUGGUGAUUUAACUUUUUCUGGGUGGUUUUAAUUACCUGCUGCAGAAUCUUUGAGUCUGCAGCUGUGUACAUUCGAUUCCAGUUUAGGAUGCAUGCUUUCUAUUGCUGUAUGUUUUCACUCAAUGCCAUGUUUUGUUUUUGCAGCUUUUGCAGUUUCACUUCUUUGUACAACACACAGUGAAUUCAGCGCAUAAGCUUCCAAAUUCAAGUGUCACACUUUCACCUCUUUAACUGAUAUAGAAAGAAACAUUCUCACCUGUCGAGGAACUUUUGAGGCUUUUGCCCAGUUACCUUUGGUCCCUUGAAAAAGAGAGGGCUAGAUAUUAAAGUGCCACAACCCCCCCCCCCCGCUUCAGAAUUGUUACACUCCUAUAUGGAAGCUUGUUUGUGCCACUGAAAUGGGGAAAAAAUGACGUCCAUAAGUCAAAAUUUCAGGUUAUCUCCAAAAUUUGAGUUGAAAUUUGUGAGAUACCCGGCUCGAAAUUUAAUCUUAUCUCUCUCUGUUUCUCACACACUCUCUCUGUGGUGUAAACAAGGCUCCAUGCUGUUCCUACUGUUUCUAUGUAGUUAAUCUGAAACCAUUCCAUCCAAUUAAAGCAGAGACUUUGCACUUUCAGACUGUGAGAUCUAAAUUAUUGGUAACAAAUAACCAAACUCUGUGCUGUCAGAAUCAAGGGGAAAACUAUAAACAUUCGGACGAAGGUUAUUAUAGUUACGAAAAUCAAAACUUGAUUUAAAAAACAAAAAAACAUUUUAUUUCUAUAGCACAAUUAAAACCAAAGUGCUUUACAUUAAAAUCAAAUAAACAGGUUCCUAAUAAAUAUGCUUAGUUUUAGUAUUUGUUAGUUUGGUAAAAUGUGUAAACUUAAUUAAAAACAAAAUAAAACUAAAAAUUAUUACUGAUUCUAACACACAUCAAAAACAAUUCAAAUGUUCUCCACAAUAAUGUUAGAAUAUGGAAUACGGGCCUGCAUAUUGGUACCAUUUUCAUUAUAAUGUGAGUAUGUUUUAGUAAACCACUAAUAUAAUGCAGACUUUGUAGAUUCACUAAUCAACAGAAGCAAAGUAUUGUUACAUGUUUCAUGAAAAAUGAGUCAUUCAUUGACUGUAUUUUUUUCUUUUUUAUUGACAAUGAAAAUUUGUUUGCUCACC